AUGAAGCGGGUAACAUUAAUUGUCUUACCAAGGCGACAAUUCCCUUUUCUAAAAUUUCACAGCAAAGAAGCUUUAGAAAGUGCAGUAAAUCUACAACUCAUAAGAAGGAAAAAAAGCGUGAACAUUCAAAUCGACAGCGUAACCUUCUGUAUUUAUUUCUGUUUGUUGUACUUUCGAACUCUCGAAUACCAUAGAGGAACUAUUAGUCUCCAUAAUGUCACAGGCAGCAAAAAACGUGAUAGUAAAGCUAAUAGUAGGAGCAGGCCAAGCGGCACCAUCACCUCCCGUGGGGCCCGCAUUGGGCUCCAAGGGUAUAAAAGCCAUUGA